UUUCUUGUGCGGUGGCACGUACGUCAUUGAGACGCCGGUUAACCCACACUCCUUGAAGCCACUGCCGUGGAACUCUGGGAUCCUCCUCACCCGUGCACCAGCGUCGGGAAGGCGAGAAAGUGACGCUUUAGUAGCUGUUUUUAUCUUUCAAUCUUUGGCACCGUUCUCGUUGAGUCGCCGACGCCCUCGCCGUGUUUUUUAUUCCUCGGCACGCUGACAGCCGUAUCGAACAUAUAACCCGGCGGAGUUGUAUCACCAGCGACUUGCGGUGGUGCACAGUGCGGACGAAAGAUGGUGUCACCUAGCGCAGCCAUAUCUCGGCUCAUCCCGAGCCUCCUGCUCGGGUCUGUGAGGACAGCUUUGGACUUCCCUUCGGAGAUCGCAAAUUUUUACACCGGAGGGGACCCGGACCAGUGCAGCGGAAUUGAACAACUGAUUCGAAGCAAGGGUUACCCUUUCGAGCGCCACAGUGUGACUACCAGCGAUGGUUACAUCAUCGAGAUGCACCGGAUACCCCACGGAAGAGAACCCUGCAAGGAACCGUGCCACAGACAGCCGAUCCUCCUCAUGAGUGGUCUACUCGUCGACUCGUCGAAUUACGUGCUGGACUUCCCGAAGCAGUCACUCGGUUACGUUCUGGCCGACAACAAAUAUGACGUAUGGAUGGGAAACGUGCGUGGCAACACUUACGGCAAGCGCCACAAGAAACUCAACCCACGUUCGCGUAGAUUCUGGAACUUUUCGUUUCACGAACACUCGAAAUACGACCUGCCAGCCCAGAUCGACUACGUUUUGAAGAACACCAGUCGGAACGACCUCCUCUACCUGGCCCUCUCGCAGGGCACGCUGAUGUUCUUCACCAUGAUGUCUGAGAAGCCAAAGUACAAUGACAAGGUAAAAGCCUUCGCAGGCCUGGCACCAUUCAACAAGCUGUCGCACAUGGAUGUAGAUGCUCUCGCCAUGUUGGUGCCUCUCGCAGACCACAUUAAGCGCAUGGCGAUCACCCUCAACCACUACGAAGUCCUGCCCCAAGGGUCCCCACUGCUUCCGCUGGCCCGAACGUUCUGCGCCCUGCCCACGAGAUCGGUUUGUUCCUUCCUGGGCGACGGUUUGACUAACCUUGGCAGCAAGUACAUGAACGAGUCUCGAAUUCCGGUGUACCUCUGUUACCUGCCCGCCGGAACUUCCCUGAAAAAUAUCGUUCACUUUUCGCAGCUCGUCAAGUCUAAGAGGGCUACCAAAUUCGACUACGGCCCGGAAGAUAAUAAAAUAUAUUACGGCCAGGAGGAGCCUCCGGAGUACAAGUUAAGCAACGUGAAGACCGAUGUCGGAAUCUUCUGGAGUCGUGGUGAUCAGUUCGUGCCACCGGCGAACGUGCGAGAGCUUAUCAAGGACCUCGGUCCAUUGGUCAAGAAGAACCACUUCAUCGACGACCCAUACUACACGCACAUACAUUUCGCCAUAGCUCUUAACAACCCCCGACUGUUGUACAAGGACUUGCUCGAGUUCCUAGAUCAAUACGCGACGUCUUCUUAAGUAUGCUUUGUAGUGUGUGUAAGUGUGCUGAAGUACAAUAUGAAAGGCGUGCCACGUGGCCUCGAAAUGAAGCCACGUGGACGCGCUUGAAUUUUGUUUAUUUUGGAGGAGGCUACACGGCAAGUUAGUUUCUUCGGGGAGGAGGGGAGAGGGAGGAAGCGAGGCUGCGUAUAUAAACGAUCUUUGAUGAAUUUUCUUUUUCCACAAGUGAUUUCGGUUUUACGAUAUAGUGAACACAAAAUUAGUAAACCACUUACGCAUAGUGAUCUGUUGUCGAGAGAACAACAGGGGGGAGGCUGGUGAAAAUUUGGGGAGAGAAAAGCGGCUGGGCCCGCCUCCUCCCCUCCUGCUUACUUUCAGCACCAUCUCUGCACGAAGCUCUAACGGCUGUCCCAACAAAUCUGACAUUUACGAUCAAUUGUCUGUUGCUUGAGUAGUUUCGUAGGUGUAAACGCAUCAAUUGUGGACGUUUCAAAAUAAUAGCAUGCAGAACGACAAAGCUUUCUUACUGCUUACACUUGAAACGGAAAGUAGUGCGACAAAAUGAAAAAAAAAAGUGGUGGAGGCAUACGUCACGUAGUUUCAUAUGACGUAGUCUUAAGAUGUUGUUUCACAAAAUAGGCAUAAAUAAUUGCAGGAAUAGCGUAAGGUAUGUGGACCUAUAUACUAGCAAAACAGCGAAUUGUGAAGUCCAACAUACUACGAACCACCAUACUAUGAAGUUAGGAAUGUGGAAACUAUGUUUUAUUCGGAGUAGCUGGUCGGUCGACGAGCUACUACGAUGGAUUGCCAAGAAAAAAAAAAAACAACACACUGUGAAGUUUCAGUAGUGAGCAACAAAGAUUUGUGAAGACACUACUUGCCUAAAGUAAAGUUAUAGGUUGGAUUAGUCGAUUUCUGUUAAAGUUCAUGUUAAACUUUAUGAUGCGCAUAUAAGACGUUUCCCCUCUGGUAACAUCGAGUAUUAUUAGCAUUCGGCCCUUGUGAUCGGUCGCAUUUUAUUUAUUUUGCUCUAGCGAACAUAAACCUAGCUCAGUGGCCACUGCUGUGUUGACGGAAAGAAUAAGUUUCUCACAGUUGUCCAGAAAAUUAGGUUGACACUUGUUUGCACUAUACGUUGUUCCUAAAUGCCAUUAUUACUGGGACGUUUUGUAUAUUGAGAACGUAUUUGUCUCGAAAUGUACGAAGCUUAUGUAUAUAUUGUACUUUGCAAUACUAAUUAGGUUUGUAUAAAAAAGAGUGUAUAUUUUUCUUCCCCUUAGUUAGCAGAAGCGUCCCGACAGAGAAAUUACCUGAGUAGUUUCUCGUGUCAGUUUUUGUGUGCAUAUUUGUAGAAAAAAAGAGACAAACAUGAUGAAACGGUGAACACCUCGGUUUGUGUGAAGCCUCUGUUAUUUACCUUCAUAGCACGAGCCCUGCCUCUGGAAGUCUAUAAAAUGCAUUAUGUAACAAAAUUCAAUAAAAAUGCUUUCGCACAUUUCUCACAAUUAGCACGCAAUUACAAAAGAACAAUGCUCCGCAUAAGAGAGAACUUUAUACUGCUAGAAAGGAGCAAGAUAAGUGACCGAAAUACUUGAAAAAUUAAAAAAAAACAUUGUAUAUAAAAGAACCUCGCAUAGGAACCAGUUUGCAGGGUAUGCGAGUCUCUUACAGAUUUUACGUGAAGCCAUAACAGUACUUGUUGAACUACAUGCUUUAAACAUCUUACAAUGAAAACUCACGUCUGAAGCGCUGUGUUUGUAUAUAUGUAUGUGGUGUUUUCGACAGCGAGAGUGGUCAUUUAUGCCUUCAUAUUAUUCUUGAACAUGGUGAAUAAAUGCAACAAUGGUACAAGAGAUGUUCUAUAGUUUCGUAAUCCUAGCUACCGCAUUACACUUCAUCACGCACUGGAGUGGAGCGAGCGCUCUACCGAAGAGCCAUCUAGGCGGCACUCCGAGUACUAGCGUGGCUACAACGACAGACAAGGGACAAACUCCGACCAUAUGCUGCUUUGCUUCCAAUAAAACACUUCUUUCCCAGCC